AUGUUCGGCAUGAGCUGUUACGCGAUCGUCACGGCAACCAUCGCGGUUACAUCCAAGACGAGAGAACAGAUCAUGGCGGCACGCGUUCUCAACUAUCUCUAUGUCGGUGUUGAGCUCGCUGUCAUUCCUAUAUAUCAAUCUGAAAUCGUGCCAGCACAGGCGCGAGGUUUCAUUGUGGGCUCAUAUCAAUUCUCACUUAUGCUCGGUGGCUUCGUCAUCAACUCGAUAUGCCUUCGCACAAGUACACUCCCGGAUGAUCGUGCAUGGAGGAUCCCCGUUGGCCUCUUUUAUAUUAUCCCGAGUAUUAUUAUUGCGCUUAUCUUCUUUGUGCCUGAGUCUCCUCGAUGGCUGCUCCGAAUGAAUCGGAUCGAGGAUGCUCGGAAAUCACUUCAGCGCAUCCGCGCCGGCGUCUUCACGGAUGAGGAGAUUGAUGCCGAGUUCCAAGAUCUCCGCCGCGGCCUUGAGAAGGAGGUCGAGAAGGGGAAGUUCAUCGAGCUGUUUCAGGGACUUAACUUGAAACGGACAGCGAUUGUUGUGGGCGUUAAUUUCUUUCAGCAGGUAACCGGUCAGGCAUUCUCCUCCCAGUACGGCAGCAUCUAUGUUAAAAGCUUGGGCACCGUCAACCCGUUCAAGUUCAGCCUGAUAACUUCCGGAGUAGCGACGCCUGUCCCCGUCGAGCGAAAGACAGCUAUCGUUGCGGUGAUGGCUCUUUUCGUCUUUGGUUUUGGGGCCGGGUGGGGCCCACUCCCCUAUGUUCUUGCAACCGAAAUCCCCGCCCUUCGCCUUCGCGAUCAUACCUCUCGAAUUGGCUUUGGCGUCAACGUGUUGAUGAACUUCGCCGUCAACUUCUCUAUUCCCUACCUCGUUUUUUCCGACUAUGCGGGCCUAGAUAGCAAAGUCGGCUUCAUAUUCGGGAGUUUUUGUUUCCUAGCCCUCCUCUUCACUUUUUUCUUCGUGCCGGAAUGCAAGGGUAAGACUCUGGAGGAGGUUGACGCUCUCUUCCACAAUGGCGUCGCUCUGAGGAACUUUGGCAGGGCGGGUGCGCUUGAGCAUCAACACAAUCGUGGAAUAAAGCAAGCCAAAGAGAGCAUCGAAGUAGUGGAAGAGCGGGAGAAUGUGGUUCAGAACAAGGAGACUGUAUAA